AUGGAGAAGACGAUUUAUCUAGUGCGCCAUGCCCAAGGUGGCCAUAACAUCGCAAACGACUUCUCCAUCAGAGAUGCAACUCUCACUCCGCACGGAAAAGAGCAAUGCAAAGAACUGAGUGCGGCGUUUCCAUACCAUAAUGACGUCGACAUUGUGAUGGCUUCGCCGCUGCGAAGAACAAUUCAAACUGCCAUUGAAGGGUUUGCACCAGCACUUCUGAGACCAGGUGUACAGCUUCUGCUCUUACCACAAGCUCAGGAGAUCAGCGACAAACCAUGUGAUACUGGCUUUGAACGAGACGAGCUUGAGUUACAGAUUAAGAAAAUUCUUGGUGAUGAGGCGUCCCAAGGAGGAUUUGACCCCAGCCGGAUUGAUUACAGCGUGCUGGAACCCGGAUGGAGCAGAAAGAGUGGUAAAUUCGAGGCAAGCCUAAAAGCGGUCACUGCACGAGCUGCUGAGCUUAGGACCUGGCUGUGGCAGCGACCUGAGAAGACAAUCGUGCUGGUAACCCAUGGUGCCUUUCUGCACUACUUCACAGACGACUGGGAGACCUUUGACCCCAGCCAUGGCACCGCAUACAAAAACUGCGAGUUCCGCAGCUUUGUCUUUACAAAUGAUUCGAAUGAGAAAGAAGCUCAUCUCGUCCAAGUUGGAAAAAGUGGACCAAGAGGUGUGAGACCUCCAGGAUCGCAUUCAAAAGAUAUUUCCGGUGCUGAGAACUAG